CAAGGUCCAGCUGAGUUUGUGUUCCAGCCCAGUGCUCUCACAGAGCUCAGAUCCUCAUCUGCCCUGGGAGAGGGGCUCAGUGCAGACAAGCAAAAAUACUGCUGCCCCCCCACCCAGCGCGCCCCCCACAAUGGAACCUGCGCUGGAGAUUAUGUCCUAAGUAGAAACCCCCAUCCAAACUGGGGAUGUAGGGCCUGGAAACUAGAAAAUGCCAGGUCUGAGAGAGAGGAAAGAACAAGCCCAGCAAUACACAGAGCUCUGUGUAUUCAGAGGGAAGUUGGCAGGGUUGUGUUCGGGCAGAGAAACUCCGAGUGGUACAAAGGGACGUGCCCAGAGUGGAGAAAUCAUGCUAAUUGUCUGCACCAGAGCUGAAGAACGCCACCCAAAAUGAAGAGAGAAAGGGGAGCCCUGUCCAGCGCCUCCAGGGCCCUGCACCUCGCUCCUCUUGUCUGCCUACUUCUGAUUCAGCCAGACCCCCUGGAGGGGGUGAACAUCACCAGCCCCGUGCGGCUGAUCCAUGGCACAGUGGGGAAGUCAGCGCUGCUUUCCGUGCAAUACAGCAGCACCAGCAGCGACAAGCCUGUAGUGAAGUGGCAACUGAAGCGGGACAAGCCUGUGACCGUGGUGCAGUCCAUUGGCACAGAGGUCAUUGGUACCCUACGGCCUGACUAUCGAGACCGGAUCCGGCUCUUUGAAAAUGGCUCCCUGCUUCUCAGCGACCUGCAGCUGGCUGACGAGGGCACCUAUGAAGUGGAGAUCUCCAUCACUGAUGACACCUUCACCGGGGAGAAGACCAUCAACCUCACUGUCGACGUGCCCAUUUCAAGGCCACAGGUGUUAGUGGCUUCAACCACUGUGCUGGAGCUUAGUGAGGCCUUCACCCUGAACUGCUCCCAUGAGAAUGGCACCAAGCCCAGCUACACGUGGCUGAAGGAUGGCAAGCCUCUCCUCAAUGACUCGAGAAUGCUCCUGUCCCCCGAUCAGAAGGUGCUCACUAUCACCCGCGUGCUCAUGGAGGAUGACGACCUGUACAGCUGUGUGGUGGAGAACCCCAUCAGCCAGGUCCGCAGUCUGCCUGUCAAGAUCACCGUGUACAGAAGAAGCUCCCUGUAUAUCAUCUUGUCUACAGGCGGCAUCUUCCUCCUUGUGACAUUGGUGACAGUCUGUGCCUGCUGGAAACCCUCCAAAAAGUCUAGGAAGAAGAGGAAGUUGGAAAAGCAAAACUCCCUGGAAUACAUGGAUCAGAAUGAUGACCGCCUAAAACCAGAAGACACCCUCCCACGAAGUGGAGAACAGGAACGGAAAAACCCCAUGGCCCUCUAUAUUCUGAAAGACAAGGACUCCCCGGAGCCCGAGGAGACUCCCUCUCCAGAGCCUCGGAGCGCGACAGAACCCGGCCCUCCGGGUUACUCGGUGUCGCCUCCCGUGCCGGGCCGCUCGCCAGGGAUGCCCAUCCGCUCAGCCCGCCGCUACCCGCGCUCCCCAGCGCGCUCCCCGGCCGCGGGCCGAACACACUCGUCGCCACCGCGGGCUCCGAGCUCGCCAGGCCGCUCGCGCAGCGCCUCGCGCACUCUAAGGACUGCGGGAGUGCACAUAAUCCGUGAGCAAGACGAGGCCGGCCAGGUGGAGAUCAGCGCCUGAGCCCCGCAGGGACCUCGGCAACGCGUCCUGCCCCUGAAGCUUACUGCCUGGGGUGCGGGGCCGGAAAGCCCAGGUGCCCUGGGCCAGGGCAAAAGGGAAGGCUGGGCGGGGAGGCAGGUGUACUGGGUGCGGAGGUACGUGAGCAUGCGCAGAUGGGGGUUGGUCGGCGCAGAACGGUGAAGGUUGGUCUGAGGGUAAAACUCGGUUGCGUUUGCUCUGGAUUUACUGGCUGUGUUCUCAGUGGGUGUGAGUCGUGCCCUCUUAGGACCAUAUAGAUAAUUACAUUUCUGGCCCAAUUCCCGAAAGGGUCUUAUGAAAACUAACAAUAGUAACCUAUCCCUCAUGACUGUCCUGUGCUAUUUCUUGGGAGAUCUUUUGAUUUCCACCCACCUCCCUUUCCUCCAAAAGAGCGCCUGAUGGCGCGCUUUUUUUUUUUUUUUUUUUUUU